GGCGCCGAUUGGAGCCUCUUUCACUCGCGAAUUAUGUGCUCGCCGACAUGCCUGAAUAUGAGCCUCACUCGUGGCGUAAUGUUUCAGGGAAAUCUGAGCAGCGCAGAGCUCCUAAUCAACUUUACUUUAUUUUCUCAUCGCGAGGGCGGAGGGGGUAUUUCCGGUGGCCUGGUGAUGUUUUGAUGGCAGUCGUCAAGACUGAAUGGAAAUAUUGACUAUUGAUAUAAGAAUGAGUCUGCCGUGUUGCUGCUAUGUUGAACUUGUCACUCCAUCAUUCUGUGAGAGUUCGCCAUGAAGCUUCUCAAUUUUCUUCUCGGCGCUGCUGCCCUCGGGUCAGCGCUGGCGGCUCCGGCUCCGGCGCCAGUCUGUGAUGCUCCGACCAAGCGGGCAACCAAGUUCCAGUUCGUUGGCGUCAACCAAUCCGGCGCUGAGUUCGGAAAAGAUACUCUGCCUGGCCAGCUUGGAAAACACUACACCUGGCCGGUGAGGUCGAGUAUCGACGCCUUGAUGGGCAAGGGAUUCAACACUUUCCGCAUUGCUUUCAUGAUGGAACGCAUUGUUCCCAACAAGCUUGAUGGCCCACUUGAUGCCACUUAUGCCAGUGGCCUGACUGAUAUCGUCAACUAUGUCACCAGCAAAGGCGCCUAUGCCAUCAUUGACCCCCACAACUUUGGCCGCUACUACAACAACGUCAUAACCGAUGUAGCUGGCUUCGCGGCCUGGUGGACCACCAUUGCCAAGCUCUUCGUCAACAACGACAAGGUCAUCUUUGACACCAACAACGAGUAUCACGACAUGGCUGAUGAUCUAGUCCGCCGCCUCAACCAAGCUGCUAUCGACGCCAUCCGUGCCACGGGAGCGACGGCUCAGUACAUCAUGGUCGAAGGAAACUCUUGGACUGGCGCUUGGACCUGGGUAUCCUCGGGCAACGGAGCCAACCUCCUCUCCCUCCGUGAUCCAGCCGACUCGACGGGCGAGAAGAUUAUUUACCAAAUGCACCAGUACCUCGACAGCGACGGCUCCGGCACCUCGGAAACCUGCGUUUCCCGCACCAUCGGCGCUGAACGUGUCCGUGCUGCUACCGAGUGGCUGAAGCAGAAUAAGAAGAAGGGCUUCCUCGGAGAGACAGCCGGCGGGGCCAACACCAACUGCAUUGCUGCCCUGACAGGAAUGCUGAGCUACCUGCAGCAGAACAACGAUGUCUGGACUGGCUGGGCUUGGUGGGGAGGCGGCCCAUGGUGGGGAAACUACAUGUUUGCAAUGGAGCCGCCGUCCAGUGUGGCGUAUGAUCGGGUUUUGCCUAGUCUGCAGCCGUAUAUCUAGCCGGAGCCGUGAACGAGGACUGGGGAUGCAGGGAAGGUGAAGCUGGAUAAAAUGAGAUGGGCAAUAAAACAUGUCUUGAUGUGUGUCUCACGCCGGGAUUAUUGGUUUGCCGUAUGGUACCCAAUCCAGGGGAGUGGCAACACUUGUUUCAACAACCCAAACACACCCUGUUGUCUACAUGGUUGCAUUCAUCUACAUAUGCCAAAGCAGAUUUAUACAAUUGUUGAAGGAGAGAUGCCGUCAAACAAAUUCUAUCAAGAGAAAAUGACCAAUGUACGUGCUCGCCUGCUUGCUUGUCAGAUGCCGCUGGUUGUAAAAGUGCCCCCCAAAAAGAUCUAUU